AUCCGCGAUAAGCGACAAGUCGCGGCCCGCUGAGAACGGCAGAGAACACUCCCCCACCCUUCCGGAAGUGUCAGUGCCCGAUCCGACAGAAAGGAACGCGUGCCAGUCGAAACCGAACCGAUCCCAGCCGAGGAAACAAAUCGCCUAUCGCCCUUUGGGAAUAGUCAGCUCAUAGUAACCAUUGCACUGGGGAAUUCCGACCGAGCAAUGCCAUCAUCCUCGCCGAGUUUCACUGCUGCUUCCCUCCCGCCGUUGCACCAGCAUCAGCAGCGGCAACAGCUUGGGCAUCUACAUCAGCAACCUCUUCUGACCCCGCAAGACCAUCAACCGCCUCAUCCCCAUCGUCCGUCCGUAUCCGACGCUACCCAUCCGCGCUCGCACUCUCAUUCGCACUCCCGCUCGCACUCCCAUUCGCAUUCCCAGUCACCUCAAGCCCCUGGCCCUCGUCCUCCCCCUCAGCCUGCGCAUAAGCGAACAUAUCAAGCAUGCAUCCCAUGUCGUCAGCGGAAAGUUCGAUGUGACCUAGGCUCCGUCGAAGCUCCCCACGAUCCACCCUGCGUUCGUUGCCGUCGUGAAUCUAAGGAAUGCUUCUUCUCUGCCACCCGCCGCAAGCGUACCCCGUCCGUCGAUAUCCCUCCCGGCCUCGGCCGCGGACGCGGUGUACGGAAGCCGGAGGACUCCCUCGAGAACGGUGAACCGAAGCGCGUACGCACCCACUCCCAUCCGCAACCGCAGCAGCACGAUCCAGUCUUCCAUUCGCCCGAUUACUCGCCGUCGUAUCGCACCUACGCCGCCAUAGAUCCCGCCCUUAAUCGUGCCGAUUGCCCGCCUCCACCACCACCGCCACCUCCCGCUUCAACCGCCACGACUACCGAUACGUUGCUGCAGACCGAGGUGUACAACUCUCACGAGGCACUAUUAACCCUGAUCGAGGCGGCUGGAAAAGACACACCCAUGAUGAAGAACGAAAGCCGAAGCACGUCGACGCAACCUUCGCCGGCUCCACUGCCAUCGUCUUCGAGCCACUCCCAUGUGCACUCGCCAGUGCAGACAUCGUCGGCUACAGCCGCGGUGCCGCGGUGGAACAACCAGAGUGUACAUUUCUCGGGUGUGCCCGACGAGAGCGAAGCCACUACCAACAGCCAUACCAGCUCGCACCUGCAUAAGCGCAGCAAUUCUGGCACCUCGCCCAAGACGGGCAAUAUGCGCCUCCCAGUGCACGAUGACGGCACCGAGAAGGCGCUCAAGGCAUGGAACAAGUUUCGGUUCGUCAAGGCCGGAUGGUUUAGCGCCCGUGAGGCUAUCGGAUAUGUCGAAUAUUUCUAUAAGCACCUUCACCCGCUGUCACCGACCCUGACCAACCCCACGCUCCUCCACGUCUCGCACCGCCGCCAUCAUCAUCUCUUGCUGCGCAAUGAGCCCUUCCUGGCUACGACCAUCCUGACGGUCGCGUCACGCUACAUGACGCUCCCGGGCCCGGGUGGAGUGUCGAGGUCAUUUGCCAUCCACGACAUGCUCUGGCGCGAGGUCCGCAGUGCGUUCGAGCGCCUGAUGUGGGGUGGCGGCUGGGGUGGACUCGGCGUUCCUCGACCUCCUGCCGGUAGCACUCUCUCUCCCGCCAGUACCGCCAGAACCGGUCGCGGCCUCCGCACCAUUGGUACUGUCGAAGGACUGCUCAUCCUUUCCGAAUGGCAUGUCCGCGGAUUGCACUUUCCCAUGGACGUGGAAGAGAGCGAUUGGGGGAUUUCCGACAUGUCGGAUGACGAGAAGGACGAGAAGGACCCAUCGUCGCCAACGCUGUCGCGGAGAGUCGUGGAAGGACUGGGAGAUAAAAUCGAAAAUAUCCUGGAGCCGGCAUACCGCAGUGACCGCAUGAGCUGGAUGCUACUGGGGAACGCACUCGCACUCGCAUACGAACUCGGUGUGUUCGAUAACAACAACCACGAUGAGCGCGCAGCAAGGAUCCAGAAGCUGCUGCUGGUCUACAUCAAACAGCUGGCGUCACGCCUGGGUUGGACGUCCAUGGUGCCACCUUCGCUGUCGCCUGCUGCUGCUAGCUCGAGCUCUCAUCUCCCCACCGCUGGAGAUUGGUCCGAUCCCGAUGCCCUCCAGGACGCGGUCUUCGGCGCCUGGGUCGACCUCACCAAUCUCAUGGCGCAGUCGUCGGAGCUGCUCUUCCCCAGCCGAGCGCAAACCCGCGAAAUAAUGCGUUCUGGCCGUUACGUCGAGCUCCUGACACACUUCCAGCCCCUCCUGCGCGCCUGGCGCGACCGCCUUGAGGCCCUCCAGCUCCCGCAGCCCAUCCGCUCGAUCCUCGAAAUGGAGUGGGAGCACGUCCGUUUCUACAUCAACUCACUCUCGUUGCAAGCAGUCAUCGACCGCUGCUCGCUCUCGGGCGGCUCAGCACGCCCAGACAUAUCCACGGCGGACACUGGGUUCAUCCGCGAAGUCGUCGCCGCAUCGCGGUCGCUUCUCGCCACCGUCGUCGAGUCGAUGUACGAGCACGGCUACCUCAAGCACGCGCCCGUCAGAAUCUACCUCCGCAUCCUCUCCGCAAGCAUGUUCCUCCUCAAAACGUUUUCCCUCGGCGCAAAGGAGGUCGAGGUCGAGCGCUCCCUCGAACUCGUCGAGUCCGUCUGCACGUGCCUGCGUUCCGCGGCUGUGGAUGAUGUUCACCUCGGUCUCAGGUUCGCAGACCUACUGGCUGGCCUCGUCGGCCGCGUCCGCGCCCGCUUCGUUAAAAUGCCGCUGGAGGAACCGCUCCCCAACAAUAACGGUAACAACAACAACACGACAGUAGGGGAGAUGGCGUGGGAACCCCAGCAGCAGCAGCAGCAGCAGCAAGAGGACCUCCAGGGCGUGUACGAUUGGGGCUGGGGCAGCGAGGAUUGGCUGGCCUUGCCGCUGGAUCCGAUUCUGGGGUUCGAGGGCGUUACCCAGGGGACUAUGGGCGUCGAUGUUGGCGGGAUGGAUUUGUUGGAGGUAUUGCUUGCUCCGGCUGGAGGUUAGGUGCUGGGGGGUGAUCGUUUCUGCUUAAUACUGUAUGAAGAUAUGGGGGAUGUGGAAUUUACACGAUGGGAUGAUAUGGUGGGAUCGGAUGCGAUGUGGUACGGGGAUGUAUUGUAAUGAUUGAACACGAGCUAGGUGGUGGAGUUGGUAUUUGCAAUUUGAUGUACACGAGAACGAUGAUUAUGCUUUUAUACUAUGCUUUGUACACACAGAGGGCUGUGAUCAUCUGUUUCUAGGCAUGGGGCAGCAGGGACGGCGGGGGUAAUGAUCAAAGGGCGUAAUGAUCAAAAG